ACGUUACAUUAUUUUUGGCCCGAGCCAGGAUUUACACUUACGUUACGUACUGUUCCGGAGAGUCAAUACGGCUGAACCCACUGAUUUACCACACGUUUAUAAAGCAAAUCGAAACGUUUAUUGCCGACGAAAACUCUGAAUCAAAUAGGUCGGGUUGGAUCGUUGGUGUAAAAUCAAUUGGAUCAGAGGCAAAGCCAGGCGAGUAUGUCGGCAUAGGCGUAUCUUACAAUGGAGCCAUGAAGGGGGCGGAUAUCGGCAUUGCUAAAAUAUUUCCAGGUGGAAUCAUAUCGUUUGAGGAUCGUUACGGUAUCGACAAGGUGUCACCCAUCCUCGACAAAUCCCAAGAUUGGCACCUGCUCUCAUCAAACUUUAGGAAGGAAAGCACAGUCUCAUUUCAAGUUUCUCGUCUCCUCAACACGGGUGACUCUGCUCAAGAUGUAGAAAUCACGGAGGACACGCUGCGUCUCAUCUGGGCUACAGGAAAGUUCGAGACUGACACUGGAAAAUUGCAUUAUCACGAAAAUGGCACAAGGGGCGUAAUUCCCAUUAAUUUCCUCGACCCCGAUAUGGACACACCGUCGCAUGAAGAACUAAGCAACAUGUUCGACUUGUGGAACCCAAAGAGAAAAACGCACCUCUCGAGGAAUGAGACGACCUAUAUAUGCUCGUUUUUCAAGAGCCCCGACAUCCCGAAGAGACACGUCAUUGGGUUCGGCCUUGAGGUCAAUCCGAUUGAAAAUCUGCGGCAUGUCCAUCAUCUAGAUUUGUACCGAUGUUCUGCACCCAGUGGGACUUCACCCACCGAAUUUUUUGCCCCCUUCGUCGGCAAUGAUUACGACUGUAGCUACUCACCGGUUCAGUUUCCGUUCGAAAACUGUCUGCAAUUUGAGUUUACUUGGUCGGAGGGUGGUGGUAUCACCCUAUUUCCUGAAAAUAUGGGACUUCCACUCCAACCAAAUGAGUAUUACAUGACCCAAACGCACUACGAUAAUCCCCACGAACGUGACGAUAUCGUUCUCGAAACCGGAUUCAACAUCUACUUGACCUCUAACCUGAGACCAAUAGAGGUUGGCCAGCUCUACGUUGGAUUUAUGACUAGUAAAUCAUAUGCUUUGACCGUGCCCCCAAAUUCGACUAAUUUCACCGUCAGUUCCCACUGUUCUUCUCCAUGCACGAGCAAUUUACCCCCCGAAGGAAUUAACACCUUCUCCGUUAUGCUUCACUCACACAACUCAGGGCGACGAAUGCAGCUUCGCCAAUUUCGAAGCGGUACCGAACUCCCUCCUCUAGCGAAAGAUGACUAUUACGAUUUCAACUAUCAGAACAAUCGGCGGCUUCGAGAAACGCGAAAAAUCAUGCCGGGGGAUCAUUUAACUGUGGAAUGUGUAUACGACACGGUGUGGAAGGGUGGAAAAAGUGUGCUGGGUGGGAGAUCAGCACGGGACGAGAUGUGCAUCGCCUUUCUACUCUACUGGCCAAGAAUUGAGAACGUAAACCUGUGCGGGAGUUAUCACGAUCAGGAACAAGUGCUAAAUUUCAUGGGGGUGGAAAAGGUUUAUCAGUAUCAAGGAGAGGUCGACGCCACCAUAAUUGAGCCGUCUCAUUUGGCUGGGUUGAAGUAUAGCCAUGUCGUCGAAAAUUUGAUGAACUGGUCUCUUCCUGUUCGAGAACGAUAUCAAAAAUUUGCUCAAUAUGGCGAACAACAUGCCUUUUGCCACCCAACUGUUGGACUUAAUGAAAGCAUGGCUAAAACAGCGUACCCCAAGAUUAUCCUGACACGUGAGAGUCGGGCUGGUUGGAAUAUUGGUGCUACUGGGAUAAUUGUUAUGUCCAUAAUUUUGCAAAUGUGUUUAUAACGAUAAAUAAAUCGGUAGGGACUCAGCAUUACCUUCCUUCAUAAUUCCA